UCCCGUAAAUUCCCAGAAAAAACAAAGCUGUAACUCAAGGAGAUUACAUAAAACAAAAUGCGAAAUUGUACUGUGCAAAAUUUGUCCGAGAGGAGCAUCAAAAUGGUUUCUUGAUCGAUCGUCUCUCUUUCGGUUUUCAAUUCUGGAAUCCAAGAACUUGUGGUUAGUGAGGCCUUGGCCUGUCUGCUUCAGUUUUGAGUGACCUCUCGACCAGUUAAGAACACUGACGUGCAGUCUCUACUCCCCCUCCUAAUAAUUGGCUUCGAGUCACUGUUGCUCGAGCUGCAGCCUGCAGCAUCCAUGGCGUCCUUGUUGGUGGCGGCCUCGCUGCUGCUGCUGCUGCUGCUGCUGCUCGCGGCGGCGGCGGCGGCGUGGGGACGGUACGCGUGGCGGGCGCGGGCGGUGGCGAGGAGGCUCGCGGCGCAGGGGGUGCGGGGCCCGCGCCGGGGCGGGUUGCUGCGGGGGUGCAACGACGAGGUGCGGAGGUUGAAGGCGGAGGCGGAAGGGGCGGCCAUGGACGUCGGCGACCACGACUACCUCCGCCGGAUCUUCCCCCACUUCGUCGCCUGGAAGGAGCAGUACGGAGGGCCAUUUCUGUUCUGGCUUGGCACUCAACCCCGGAUAUGCAUCUCCGAUUACGACUCGGUUAAGCAAAUCCUUUCAAACAAAUACGGGCAUUUCGUGAAGAACGACGCACACCCGGCUAUUCUGUCGAUGAUUGGCAAGGGGCUGGUGCUGGUGGAUGGCAAAGAUUGGGUGCGGCAUCGCAGGGUGCUCACUCCAGCUUUUUCCAUGGACAAGCUAAAGAUGAUGACAGAAACAAUUACCAGCUGUGCUGAAUGCUUGAUCAAGGAGUGGGAAGAUCAGGCAUCUAACAGCAAGAACAAAGAAACAGAAGUGGAAUUCAGCAAACAGUUCCAAGAGUUGACAGCAGAUGUUAUAUGCCGUACUGCUUUUGGAAGUGGUUGCAAGGAGGGAAAAGAAGUAUUCCAUGCACAGAAACAGCUCCAGGCAAUCGCCAUAGCAACACUACUCAAUAUGCAACUACCAGGAUUCAAGUAUCUCCCCACUAAAAUGAACAGAUGCAAGUGGAUGCUUGAAAAGAAGCUAAAGAACAUGGUAAUGCAAAUUAUACGGUCCCGAAUUGCCUCCGAAGGAAACGGAUAUGGCGAUGAUCUGCUCGGUGUGAUGCUCGACGCUUGCUACCCAACAGAGCAAGGAAAAAAACGCGAUGAGCUGACUCUGAAUCUGAGCGUGGAUGAGAUCAUAGAUGAAUGCAAGACGUUCUUCUUUGCAGGGCAUGAAACCACAUCGCAUCUGCUUACAUGGACAAUGUUCUUGCUCAGCGUGUACCCAGAAUGGCAGGAUCGGCUGAGAGAGGAGGUUCUGAGGGAAUGUGGAAAGGAAAAUCCAAAUGCAGACAUGCUUAGCAAGUUGAAAACGAUGACAAUGGUGUUGCUUGAGACACUGAGACUCUACUCCCCAGUCAUGUUCAUGUAUAGGAAACCUAUCACCAACAUACAACUGGGAAGACUCCAACUACCUGGAGGCACCACACUUGUGAUACCCAUUCCAAUGCUGCACCGAGACAAGGAGGUUUGGGGUGACGAUGCCGAUCAGUUCGACCCACUGAGAUUUCAGAAUGGGGUCACAAAAGCCGCGAAGAUCCCACAUGCUCUCAUGGGGUUCUCCAUAGGGCCAAGAUCUUGCAUCGGUCAAAGCUUCGCGAUAUUAGAAGCAAAGUCGGUGAUGGCCAUGAUCCUGCGGAAGUUCUCCUUCACUCUUUCGCCGAAAUAUAUCCAUGCACCUGCGGAUAUGAUAACACUUCAGCCGAAGUUUGGUCUGCCCAUACUUCUGAGGGCGCUGGAAGCAUGAGAGAGUAGUUCUGUGUGUAGCUACCGUAGGCAUAAUUUACAAAAAUGUGUAUAUACAGAUGGGAUUGCUAGUCCUUAAUUUGGGCUUUCUGUCUCUUAUCCACUAAAAGGUACACCGUAAUAGGUAAGUUGUUGAAGAAA